GUGGAACUGCCUGGUAAGGUCCAGGUUGUACAGAUUGCUGCUGGUUCAAAUCAUACCAUUUUGCGCACUGCUGACGUUCCAUCGUUUGUUCCCGGCUUUGGACGUGGUAGUGGUACGGUUGCCACUUGGAUUGGUGCCUCCGGUGAUACAACUUUCAUUCAUAGCCAGGCGCGCGUUUACAGCAGUGGUAUCAUCUUGGAUUGCCAAAUCGUAGCGAACAAUGAGACGGUAUUGUUAUUCCCAAAUGAGGUCGGUAAAGACUACAUGGUUAUACGACGAAAAUGCAAUACUUUCUAUCAGUAUUCACUGGGAGCUGGCGGCCUUUACACAAAUUGGUGUCUGGAACCUAAGUAUGAUUUACUAUGGGCAUUCAAUGCGGCUGAAAUGCGCAUCAAAUCAAUUUCUGCGUGUUUGCCACGAUCUCAGGAAGCAAAGAGCAGCGAUGCGAACAUGGAAGCACUGGCGAAAGAAAUUAGUUUUUUACGAGCACCUGAAUUCAUGAUUCCGAUGGUCGGCGAAAUAAGCUUACCGAUCAGACAGCUUGCACUGAACCUCCUUAGUACAGCCUAUGUUGCAACAAUGCUGGAAAGUCGGCGACCGUCUGAACAAAAAGUCGAUUACUUUGCUCAUGAAGCAAAAGCCCCAAAUAUCGGUGGAGCUUCAGCUGGUCGAGGUUUUUCAAGUGGGUAUCAUCGUAUUGACAGAUUUGAAGGUUAUGGCGGAGGCUGGGGUUAUUCGGCACAUUCUGUGGAAGCCAUACAAUUCCGGACUUCACAGGAUAUCCGACUUUUUGGGAUUGGAUUGUUUGGUGGUCGUGGCGAAUACAUUGCUAAACUGAAAUUGUACCGAUUGUGCGCACCAGAUUACGAAGAACAGAGUGUGGAACUGCUUAGCGAAUCCGAUGAAAUGCUUUAUGAAUGUGCAGCACACGAAAAAGCACAACUUCUGUUCCCACGACCAGUCUCAAUCAAAGCAAACUUGUGGCAUGUCAUUUGCACGCAAGUCAAUGGACCAAGUUCGGAUUGCGGUGCAAGUGGUCAGUCAAAUGUUGUAGGCGAAGAUGGCGUGCGGUUUUUUUUCCGAAAUUCUCGUAUGUCCAAUAACGGUACCGAUAUCAGUGUUGGGCAAAUACCGGAAUUUCUGUAUCUAUCUGAAGCAUCCAAUACUCAAUCGCCAGAUUUCGAUGCAAAGAACAAAGCAACAGAUGCCUCACAUGACUGCAUAUCAUGCGCGAUUAGUUCACAGUAUCUGCUCACAAUAUCGUCAACCACUAUCGAAUCGUUGUUCCGUUUGGUGGACUGGUCUCUUCAGAAAGCUGUGGUAGAAGUCGAUUCGUCACGUGAAGAUGCAGCAUGGAUGCGUGAGCGUUUCAUGAUCAUCGUUAUUUUGGCGUUACGGUUUUUGAAAUUUUAUAUCUGCUCCCUGUAUUUGCCAAGAAGGCGUAGUGAGCGAUUGGAGAAGAGUGAGCCGUCCAGUGCUGUGGCUGAACAAAUGGUGCAGUUUGCGUCGAUCGUCUCUUCAAUUUUUGAAAUUGCGAACGAGCAACAACUCUCUGACGACAGUUCAGCUCGUGUAAUACUGCUAGAAGAAGCGGUUCACUGUGUGAUCCAGUGUUCGCAUGUUCUCUAUCCCAGUUCAGCAGUAUUUCUUGAUCAGCUCGCUUUUCUUAUGUCAACGCCAAAUCGUGACUGGUCGUUGGUUGCACUCCUUGGUGCUCUGUUAAACCACGAAUAUGUAUUACUUUUGUUCAUUUAG